AUGGUGGAUCUGGCAGGAUUUGCUGUGUCAACCGCUUCCCUGAUAACUACUCUGAUAAUUCACGCUAGGGGAGCAGCGGUAACCGCUGCUCGGGUAACCGGUAAGGUCGCAAAAGCACUUGCCAACUUGGCCAAAAAAGGUGCCCCAAUUCUUGUGCCAGUUCUGAACGCCAUUGCAACAGCACUGUCGUGGAGUGCGAAGGGUAUUGUGUGGCUUGCGUCACACUUGUGGGUUCUUGUUGUGACUGCAUAGGUGUUGGUGUACGGUUAUUACCAAAGGUAGAUCAGUCACAGACACGGACGAAGACUACCAGGGAUGUGAUGAUUACAGCCUUUUGGAGGUGCCGGACGAGGAUUAUGACGAUCGCAACCUCGGGGAGAUUUUAGGUGAAGUCGAGUUGUUAGUAGAUGAGCUUAAUAAAUACGACGAACAGGAUAUUUUAGCCGAGAUUCCUCAUCUAACAGGAAACAGAAAGUACUUGCCUAACAGUCGCAUGGAACCCGAUACCAAACGCGAGUACAUCACUCCAGACCAACACGGGUACAGUGGAAAUCUGAUAGUUGAUAAGUACAAGGAACUGCUUGCAGAAAAGGUUCGCAAUGAUUCGGAAUACACACCGAUGAGGCAGCCAGGGAAUGGGGGAAACCCAAGAGUUUCGAAGAAAGGAUGGCUGAUAGGGUUAGGUAAUACUAAAGGUAACACAAAGAGAUGGGACCUCAACCGCCUUUUAGCAUGCUUUUAG